AUGCCUCGUUCACCAGGGAAACCCAAGCUAGUCCCCCCUCCUCUCCAAAAGGCCACUGUCAAGUCACUUGCAACCGACCAGCCGGCGCCAGCUGCUGGAAAUAUCAAUGUACAAGAUGCUGUGCUUAGCCGUCUCAAAAAGUGCCUCGCCCGAGGUAGUCAUCCAAACACGAGCGAGAAAGAGGCCCGGGCAGCACUAGUCAUCGCAAACCGCAUCAUGCAGCAGCACAACAUCACCCAAGCAGACAUGUUGGCUCAGGAGGAGAAAAGCACCAAGGCAGGCUCUAAGCACGUCGUAAUGGAAGGAUUUGUGACUACGGCUGCACACGCGAUCCAAAAAAUACCGUACAAUCUCAUCGUCAAAUGGGCUCGGGCACACCACGGCAGGUCGGCCGCCUACUGCUACUGCCGUGGUGUUGCCGAUGGGCUUUACAAAACAGCUAUUGAGGAGAAGAGCCUGGAAGAACUACGAGCUCGACAGGCAGGGGUAACAAUGGUCAAAGCAGAGAGUUCUGACAGCUCAAAUGCCGACGACACUGGUAGUGUCUGGGAAUCUGAAAUGCAGCUUGUGCGGUUCGGUGAAAGUGCCGAAAAGAUUGCGCAGAGCUACUUGGAGCAAAACAAUAUCAAAGUACGCUCGACAAAAAAACGGACAGCCUCGGUCAAGGAUUCCAAUUCCUAUACAAAAGGAAAGAACGACAGCAAGAAGAUAAAUGUUCGGCAGAGAGUCAUUGAGCAUUCUUAG